CUCUCCUCUGUCACACGCCUCCUCUCUCCCGGUUUUAACUCUCAGCAAUCCAGAGCCCACAGAGAGUAAGAGUCACACUCACACACUCUCCUUCAGGGAAGAAGAGAAGAGAAGAGAGAUGGGGUUUCAUUAGUUGAAGAGAGAGGCCAUUCUGCAGCAAUUAAUGCCUUUCAGCAAGAAAGUGUGAGACAGACCAUUCACCCUCUUUUAACGGAUUUAAGUUUAAACUUCUAUCGCAUUUAGAGCUACGUGUACGUUUGCGGUUUUCACAACUCAAAAAUGGAGCUAAGCAAAGUAACGCUGGAGAUUUUUUCCAAGCUUGAGCAGAAAUGGCUCUUUCACUGUGAUAACGCCAAGAAAACGCGUAUCCUCAGCAUUGACGGCGGUGGAACUACCGGCAUUGUUGCCGGUGCUGCUCUUAUCCACCUCGAGGACCAGAUCCGCAUCAAAAUUGGUGACCCUCAUGCUCGACUCGCAGAUUUCUUUGACAUCAUCGCCGGCACUGGCAUCGGUGCUCUCCUUGCUGCCAUGCUGGCCGCUGAUGACGGCUCUGGCCGUCCUCUUUACACUGCCAGAGACGCGGUAGAGUUCCUCUCGGACAAAAACUCCCAGCUCUUCAAGGUCAAGCUCGCUGGAUUCCUCCACCGACGCAGAUUAUUCUCAGGUAAGAGCAUAGACGAAGCAUUGAAGGGAGCAUUCAGGCGAGAUGACGGAAAAAUCUUGACCUUGAAGGACACGUGUAAGCCUCUCCUCAUUCCUUGCUUUGACCUCAACAGCUCUGCUCCCUUUGUUUUCUCCAGAGCAGAUGCGUCAGAGUCACCGAGUUUCAACUUCGAUCUUUGGAAAGUCUGCCGUGCUACGCUAGCCACGCCAAGCCUCUUCAAGCCGUUUAACUUGAAGUCCGUCGAUGGAAAGAUCUCUUGCUGCGCCAUUGAUGGUGGUCUUGUGAUGAACAACCCAACGGCUGCGGCAGUUACACACGUGCUCCACAACAAGCGAGAUUUCCCGUCAGUUAACGGAGUAGAGGAUCUGUUGGUUCUAUCCUUAGGUAGUGGUCCGUUAAGUGGAUCGUUAAGUAAGAGGAAUAACAGGCGUAAUGGGGAGUGCUCGACUUCGUCUGUUGUUAAUAUUGUGCUUGAUGGAGUUUCGGAGACUGUAGACCAGAUGUUGGGGAACGCUUUUUGUUGGAACCGUUCAGAUUACGUCAGAAUCCAGGCAAAUGGAUUGAGGAGCGGUGGACUGAUGGGCCCGAAAGUGGAAGACGAGGUGUUGAAUGAGAGAGGCGUGGAGUCAUUGCCGUUUGGCGGGAAGCGAUUACUGACGGAGACGAACGGACAAAGAAUAGAAAGCUUCGCGCAAAGCCUUGUUGCUUCAGGAAGGAGUAGCUUGCCACCUAGUCCCUGCAAGGAUUCCGCCGGCCGUUAGUUAGUCUUGGCUCCUCCCAUGUUGUUUUUCUUAAACCCUUUGUACUCAAGCUUCGGUUUAUAUCUGUGUUUGGAGUAAAAUGGGUAGUAAUACUAGCUAAUAAUUACGUGUUUAGACUAUAGACCAUCCUAACCCUCUCUAUCUCCCUGAGGUAAAACUGAUUAAGGUGUGUUCCUUUGACUGACGACAAAUUAAUUAGUUUUAUUAAUUAAUUAAUUAAUUCGUCGUUAUCUGCCACGUAAGAGUGGCCAUAUGGGGUUUUGUCAUUUGCGUUU